AUGACGAACGCGCACGAGCCUCGAGCACAAACGAUCCGAGCGGAGGACGCAGCCGGACCCGCCUUAGCGCCGACUGCAAACACCGCCCGCAAUGCCACUGCAGUCAAGCCGCGCGGCCGGAAGCACGCACAUCCGGAGCGCCCUUUCACAGGGUCAUGGGGUCAGGAGGUGCAGAAGCGACUCCUUCAGGGUAGGGGUCACGGGGUCAGGAGGUGCAGAGAGGCUCCUCCCCUGAUCUCUGCGUCAUCCCGUCAGUGUUCUGUUGCAGCUCUCAGCAGCGAGGACGACGGCUGGUCCAUGUCGGUGCAGUCAGAGGUUCGGGGCAUCGACGGCUACCCGGUGGUGCUGCCCUGCACCUUCAACCACCCCCAGCACUCCCAGCAUUCCUCGCUGCAGGUGCUGUGGCGCCGAGGCCACGGCCAGAGCGCCGUGGUCAUCUACCGCUGCACCAGCCGGCCCGCCGACCCGUCCUGCGAGCCGGAUCUCGACCAGGACCAGCGAUACCGCCUAGAGGGUAACCCGCGGGAGCACGACUUGUCGCUGCGCAUCAACAGCGCCACCCUGCAGGACAACGGGCGCUACUACUGCCGAGUGGAGGUCCUGGGACGGGAGCACAUCAGCUUUGAGGACAAGAUGGGGACCAGGCUGAGAGUGGAAGCCCCCCCCAGGAUCCUGGCUCUGUUGGUGGAGGGCAGCGAGCUGCUGGGGUACACCGCUCUGUGUCACGUCCAGGGCUCCCCCCUACCGGACGUGCAGUGGUUUGGCCCGGAUAACCAGCUGGAGGCGUCUCCGAUGGGGCAGGGCGCCCCGGCUCGGUACCGCUCCGUCAGCGAGCUGAGAGACGUGGAGCCGGGUCAGCAGUACGUCUGCAGCGCCUCCAACCCGCUGGGCAAAGAGCAGGCCACCCUGUUUGUGCUGCCCCCCCAGCCGCCGCUGUCUGUGGGCGGAGCUCCGCCUCACAUCCUGCUCCUCCUAUCGGUGGACCUGGGGGCCAAGCUGCUCCUGCUGGUGCUGAUGGGGUUGUGGAUGAUGCCUGGGGGAGCUCUGCAGAGACUCUGCUGCUGGACCCGGUGAACGUCCAGACCGGAUCCAGAACCAAGAAGAUCCAGUUUGAAUAAACACAUUCAACCAGAACCUUUGAACGAAAAACAAACAAACAUGGAAAGAAACAAAUAAAAGAGUUGUAAAGAAACAGGUCAGCGUUUGUAAUCUUCUGCUCUCCUUGGCUUGUUUACAUUAAAGUGGGGUCAUCUGGACCCACCAGACA